CAUUUUACUUCUCGCUCCUUCCACUCCUCGUCACGAACUUUUUUCUUUUUUUAAUCCGCUCUCUCUCAUCGCUCCUCUCUCUCUCUCUCUCUCUCUCUCUCUCUCAUCUGUACCGCGAACAAAGCUUUUUAGUUUUGGUCGUUGCCGCUCAAACCGCUCUCUGCGUUUUCAGAUCGAAAACCCUAACUUUGCAACCCUCGUUAGCAAUCUUCUGAUGACAGUCGAUGAGGAACGAUGAUUAUGACGCUCUCUGCGAAUCUCAGAUCUUGAAGAUUUGAUGUCCGAUUCAAAGGCAGUUUCUGUGGACUGAUGAUUCUUGGAUCUCCGAGUACUGUCUGUGUUCAUUACAAUCAACUUGGAGGGCGUUUUGGAUUUAAUAGGGGGGAGUUUUAAAUUGGUGGUCCUUGAAGUGCUGGUGGAAACUCUUUAUGGUUUUAAUAUCUAUUGGCCUCGGAUUUUUGGAGAAGGCGCCGUUGGAUGGGAGAAGGGGCAGUUUGUUUGGCGGUAUUAAAUAAUGAAGAGAUGGGAAGUGAGAACACUUUGAGAGCCGACCGUGACCAUCCAUGGCUAGCAGGUGAUACUGACUCGGUGGAAGUUCCUAGCAAGCAGCAAGUGAAAGAAGCUUCGAACGAUGACGUGUGCUCUGAGGUUUUGAAUCCUACUGUUUCUCCCAGGGAGAAUGCUUCCAGUAUUCAAACUAAUAGCAGCCAAGUGGCGGAGCUGGCUAGCAGGAACAAAGGUGGGUGUUGUGAAAUCACAUCCACAUGUUCUGGAAACUCAACCUCAGACAGCUUGAGUGAGGAAGAGGGCAAUAGAAAAGAUACAUCUGGUGAUGUCUCAAUGUCACGUGUUGUUCUGGAAAUUCCAAAGCAUGCUAGCUCUUCUGGAAUCAGAAAAAUCACAUUUAAAUUCAGCAAGCGGAAGGAGCAUUGCAAUCAGUCUCCCGCCUCAGUUGCACAGCCUCCUAGUAACUGGGCUCCUAGUGGCCUGUUCUUUAGAGGCCCGGACGAGGAACCAGGCACCAGUAGCACUAUUUCAUGUGUCCCUAUUAUGGAAUCAAAAAUGUCUAAGAAAGCUAUCCCAGAUUGCUACCCCACAAAUGUGAAAAAACUGUUGUCAACUGGUAUUCUGGAAGGGGCUAGAGUGAAGUAUAUUUCUGCUUCAGGAGAGAAAGAGCUCUGGGGAAUCAUCAGUGGUUGUGGAUAUUUGUGUGGCUGUUUGACAUGCAAUUUCUCCAAAGUCCUCACUGCCUAUGAGUUUGAGUUGCAUGCUGGAGGCAAAACUAGACAUCCAAAUAAUCACGUAUAUUUGGAAAAUGGGAGGCUAAUAUAUAGUAUCGUCCAGGAAUUAAAUACCACCCCACUGAGUGAAUUGGACGAAGUAAUUAAAGAUAUGGCUGGUUCAUCUGUCAAUAAAGAGUACUUCAUGGUUUGGAGAGCUAGUUUAGAACAGCAGAAUUUGAUGGAAGUUGGUAACCCGCAAAACUUGUUUCAUUCACAUUUGAGUUUCAGCUGCCCAAGUCAAGCUGUAGAAGACGCGUUUGGGCCUAGAUUGAACCAGCUAACAUUUAUGGGGACAACAGAAAAACGGAAACGUGUGGCAAAGAAGCCAAGCUCCUAUCUUCCGCAGUCAGUCUUGCAAAAGAAGAGAUCUGCUGAAGGAGGCACUAAGAAAAGGGAUAAUGAUCUACAUCGGUUACUUUUCAUGCCGAAUGGACUUCCAGAUGGGGCUGCAUUGGCUUACUGUUCUAAAGGAGAGAUCAUACUCGAGGGCUACAAACAGGGAAAUGGAAUAUUCUGUAAUCACUGUAAAUGUGAGAUCAGCCCCUCACAAUUUGAAGCUCAUGCUGGCUGGGCUGCCAGGCGUCAACCCUAUCGUCACAUAUAUACUUCUAAUGGAUUGACACUUCAUGAUAUAGCUAUUUCAUUGGCUAGUGGGCAAAAUCUGACCACUGGAGACAGUGAUGAUAUGUGUACAGUAUGUGGAGAAGGAGGUGAUUUGAUUCCUUGUCGUGGAUGCCCACGGGCUUUUCAUGCAGCUUGUUUGGAAUUACAGUUUGUACCGGAAGGUCAUUGGCAUUGCCCACAUUGUAAAGAUAAUGUUGGCCCUGGCAGAACAAUUGCUGCUGGAGAGUCCUCAAAUAUUGGGAGACCCAUUGUUAUACGGUUGACUAGAGUUGUUAAAGCUCCAGAAACCCAAAUUGGUGGUUGUGCUGUUUGCAGGGGCCAUGAUUUUGUUCCAUCUGUAUUUAAUGACCGGAUGGUUAUCAUCUGCGAACAAUGUGAGAGAGAAUACCAUGUUGCUUGCUUGCGGAACACUGGACGCUGUGAUCUGAAAGAACUCCCUGAGGAUGAGUGGUUCUGUACUGAUGACUGCGGUAGGAUUCACCGGGCUUUACAGGAUUCAGUUUUCAAUGGUGCCAUGACUGUUCCAGAUUCAGUUUUAAGUGCAAUAAGCAGGAAGUACAUACAGAGAGGAAUAAUUGAUGGAACCGGAAAUGAUGUGCAAUGGAGAAUUUUAAAUGGGAAGAGACGCCAUUCAGAUCAUUUACGUUUGCUUUCUAGAGCUGCUCAAAUUUUUCGAGAAUGUUUUGCUCCUAUUCGGGCAGUUUCCGGUCGUGAUAUCAUACCUGUUAUGGUCCACGGGAGAAAUAUAUCUGGACAAGAAUUUGGAGGAAUGUACUGUGUAGUUUUAGUUGUGAAGUCUGUUGUUGUAUCAGCCUGUCUUCUUAGGGUUUUUGGUCGGAAUGCUGCUGAGCUUCCUUUAGUAGCUACAAGCAGGGCAAAUCAAGGAAAAGGUUAUUUCCAAGCAUUAUUCUCUUCCAUUGAGGGGCUACUAUAUUCCCUGAAUGUGGAAACCAUAGUGCUCCCUGCAGCUGAGGAAGCGGAAUCGAUUUGGUUAAAUAAAUUUGGCUUCAGAAGGAUGACUCCUGAGCGAGUGUCGCAGUUUAGGCCCAUCCAGUUUACUGUUUUUAAUGGAAGCUCGAUGCUAGAGAAGGAGGUUCAGAAGCGAGAAUAACAUCAUGCACGCAUUGUCUUUUAAUGGAAAUCCAACCUCGAAGGAGUUGACUUGCUGCGGAAGCCAGAAUAACAGCAUGCCCCCAUCGGUUUCAGAAGUUCAAUCAAAGAUGUUGGAAAUAGAACUGUUAUUUGUUUGUUUGUUGAUGACUUCUGUGUAACAAUGCCUGCUAUUUUUUGUUACUCAGCUGGCCAGUUGGUAUCGUGACUAAGACCUGCUUUGUUGAUGUAAUCAGUCAUACCAUACGCAUUCUGGCGAAAUGUAGGAACAGAAGAGCCUCUGUAUAAACGAACAUCAAUUGUAUGUUCUUUUCCCUUCUCCUUUCCCCCCUUUUAGCCUCAUUUGUCCCGAUACAUUUGUUUGGAAAAUAAUGAAGAACCAUCUUCAUCCCCUUUAUCCUAAA